CAGGGGCGGACUGACAACUCAUGGGGCCCCCGGGCAAUAGGGGAUCAUGGAGCCCUUGUGUCCUUGCCCAAACUCAAAAAAGCCUAUGAAAAAAAAGGUACCAGGGGCAUCUCAUGGGGCCCCCUACUGACCCUGGGCCCUCGGGCAGUGUCCGAGUUUCCAAAAAGUCAGUCCGCCCCUGGGGAGCAGCUGUGGUGCAGGAACAAAAGGUGGACACGCAACAAGCAUGGUCUGCUCACAUUACCAAGCAUUUUCCUCUUCUUUGGUGAGAGCAAAGCAGGUUUAUUUUAUUUUAUUUUU